AUGGGAUCCCAGCCAAGAGCAAAAGGCUCGCAGAAAGUAACCACCAAUGAUCCCCAGAGAGAGUACCAAGGAUGGAACGCUGACAUUCAUUUCGCCAGGAUCGAUGUGACCGUCCUGCCUCUGCUCUUCCUCGGUCUUCUCGUUUUCCAGCUAGAUCGCAUGAACAUUGCGAGUGCAUUGACUGGUGGCUUCGCCGCUGAUAUCAACAUUUCACAGUCUACAAUCAAUUUGGGGAAUCAGCUCAUGUUUAUGGGGAUCGUGGUCUUUGAAAUACCAUGUAACAUGGCCUUGCAACGAGUUGGUCCUCGCAAGUGGAUUUCGGCUCAGGUUUUUCUCUUCGGCUUGCUUGCUACCAUGCAAGUAUUUGUUCGCAAUCGAGGAUCUUUCCUAGCUAUACGGCUGCUUUUAGGGUUCGCUGAGGCAGGGUAUAUUCCUGGUGCAGUCUACACUUUGUCGUCGUGGUAUACGAAAAGAGAAUUGGCCAAGAGAGUUGCCAUUUUCUUCUUUGGGAUGUUUGGUGGUAAUGCCUUGAGCCCUAUCCUGGCCUCUGGUAUUUUGAUGCUCGAUGGUCGACAUGGUAUUCGAGGAUGGCAGUGGCUCUUCCUGAUUGAGGGGCUAUUCACCAUCUUCGUCUCAUUCCUCCUAUCACUACUCCUACCUGGAUCACCGGAUCUUACCAGACCAUUAUUAAGCCCGGGAAUUAUCAAGUUUACGGAUUCCGAGAAGGAAAUUCUCCAAAAGCGACUGGAAACCGACAAUGGCGGAAGUACAGAGGGCGCGUAUGGCGUGAAUAUUCCAUUGAAAGUCGUCUUCCGUACUGUCGCUUGCUAUCGUCGCUGGCGGCACUUCAUUUCUACAUUCGUCGUGUUUUCAACAUGGAGUCCUCUCACCACUUACACACCUUCUAUCAUCAUGUCACUCGGCUUUGACAGAACAGCAGCAAACGCUCUAGCCGCAGUCGGCGCAUUCCUAUCACUUGGAGUGGUAUUCUUCUUCGCCUACAUGAGCGAUCGGACUAAUCUCAGAGGUGCAACUGUUAUCGCUGCUCAAGUCUGCUACCUCAUUGCCCUGAUAGUGACUCUCAAGGUCCAGCCCCAUGCUGGAAAAUGGUCCCGUUGGGGACUUUGGACUGCUGUGAAUAGUUUGGCUGUGGGAUAUCAUCCCAUACAUAAUUUCUGGGUUCAGAUUAACUGUCGAGAUCCGAGGGAGCGGAGUAUCAGCAUUGCAAUGUGGGUUAUGUCGGCGAUUAGCGGUUUGAUGGUUGGGACGCAGUAUUUCCAAGCGGGAGACAAACCAUUUUAUUCAACGGGCCUACGUACCAUGAUCAUUAUGGUAUCUGUAGGAAUCGCAAGUGCUUUCGCGCAGAUUGUUGUUUAUGUCGUUCAUAAUAAGCGUGUUGCUCAAGGCAAGCAUCAGCCCAAGGAUGGAUUGGCACCUAUGGUGUAUGUCCCUUGA